UGAGUGAGAGAGAACACUCUUGAGCUCCACAUAUCAUAACUUCGCCAAUAAGCACUAACCAAUCCAUGGCUUCACAACUUGCUGGUGAUAUAAGAUCCCAGAGACUAAUGCACUGCGCAGCUUCUUAUGGAGAAAGAGGUAGCCGUUGCUCAUCUCUCGCUCAUCACCAAAGUUAUAUAUAUCAUCGAAUCCAACCCGAAGGAAACUCCAAAGAACAUAACAUGGGACAUGAAAAGGAUGUCAAACGUAGUACAAAACGAGGUAGACAACAAGCACAAAAGCUUCACAGGUUGGGCUUCUCAUACCUUGCAUCAUCUUUUCUUUACCUCGUAAUAAAGGUUAAAGCUUUCUACAAUGGUUUUCUUGGAGAUGUUGCUGGGGAACCCAAAAUUGGCAUCGAAGCACCAAUGACCAAUGAGCCAUAUUUCUCAGUGCCAGUUCUUCCAAAUUAACAAA